AUGUUGUACCAUAUGGAUGGACAAGAUGAAUUCAAUAUCUCAGAAAGGCUAGAAAUGAGAGGUUUUGGUCAUUUCAGCUGGGGAGGAAACUCUAAUAUUUUUCCACAAACAGGAUAUCAUUUUGAGUUAAUGCCAUUAAUCAGAUUAAUCAAAUUUAUUAAGUCGAAGAAAAGAUCAAAACUUGACCACAUUAAAUCUAAACAAGAACUUGAUGAUAUGAAUUUAUUACUUACUGCAGAAGAAAUCAAAGGAUUAGGUGAAAAUUCAGAUCUUUUGUUUGCUAAUCUUAAUGUCGAACCAUUUAAAUCGAGACAUUUUGAUCUAUACCGCAAUCAGUCUUACAAAGCUCGUUGUGCUUUAUUAUCGGGUAGGAAAUUUUGUCAUGGAAAAGAUAUUAUUGAAAAUUUGAUUAAUUUUUUCACAAAUAUAAGUAUAUCAAACAAAAAUUCAUCAAAUAGCUCAAUAAUGUUUUUAAGUAUCAAUAAUAGAAAAAUGAAAGAACUUCCUCUUUUCCGGUCUGACCCUGAAAAGCUAAUGACAAAAUUAAAUAUUGUGGUUUUGAAGAGUGCAAGUGAGAAGAAUAAUUAG